ACCAAAAUGGCAGACAAAGUAAUGUUGAAAUUGUCCAAGCAGCUUGUCUUGUAGGGCAAAAAAUGCUACACGAAUUACUUUUAGCAUUGUCGGGGGAUACUGGGGGUAUUUUCGUACAGAAGCUCGAAGAAGGUUUAAAGGUUGCUGCAGACAUACCAUUUAUUCAUGACUGUGAAGUAACUCUUCUUAACAGAAUAUGCCGACUUGGAUCAUACUAUUGCUGCUUUCAAGAAUUUAUCAAAAAACAUUCAAGUCUUGUUGUAGAAAGUUGUGAUGUAUACAAUUCUUGUGGAUUGUAUAUCCAAGCAUUUUCUACAGGUCUUGAUCAAGUACUGCAUGACUACAGACAAGUUUUAGUGGAGUUAGAGGGCAAGGUGUUAAAAGAUCCUUGCUUACCUUUAUCUCAUGUGGAGCAUUCUCUAGAAAAGUAUCAGGUUUUAUUUCCUGCAUUGGAUAACUUGAUUAAUCAAAUUCAAACUCAAAAGGCUGGAGGAUGUAAAUUGUUGGACAUUUUAUAUCAGAAUUCUAUCUGCGGUAUACCAGUUGUCAAAGAAUGUAUGGAAAGGAUUCUGUUUAUUUGUCAUGGUGUGUUAUAUCAACAGCUGAGUGCAUGGCUCUUACAUGGUUUACUAACAGACAGAAACAAUGAGUUUCUUAUCACCAGAGUAACAUCCCAAAACAUAGACUCUUCAAAAAAUGUCCCAGAAGGUGUUACGGUCAAUGACCUUGGUAUUCCUGGAGUAACAGGAAAACAAUUGUCAGAGAUCAUGGAAGGCGAGGACAAGCAGAGUAUUCCUGUAUUAUGGCAAUUUAAGAUUAAUGCUGACAUGCUGCCUUCUUAUAUCCCAACUAGAGUGGCUGAAAAGAUCCUUUUUGUGGGGGAUUCUGUCAAAAUGUUUGAAGAAGCCAAACAAGGAAUUGGGUCUACAGCAACAAAUUCAAUUGUUCAUGAGAAAGAGGAAGAAUUUCUACGUUCUCUCUAUUCCCUUCAGCAACGACCUAAGUUUAGUUUAACAGUUUUUGAAAGUGAAAUGGACAAGAUAAGAACCUAUGUUGCUGAGCAUUUGUGGAAACUUGUGGUAGAAGAUGCCCAACUUCUCAGACAUCUGCAGAUCUUAAAAGACUUUUUUCUUCUUGGUCGAGGUGAACUAUUCUCUGCAUUGAUUGAAAAGGCUCAACAACUGCUUAAAGUUCCUCCCUCAGGAAACACAUCACAUGAUGCAAAUGCAUUUUUUCAGCAGGUUUUACACAAGUUUUUAUAUGAUGAUGAGGAAAGUGGUGCUUUAUUCACUUUGAAUGUGGAUAUGAAUAUGUAUCAAAGCAAAAAAAAAUCUAUGCCAGAUCAAGUAGUGGUGAGUGGUUGGGAUUGUUUGAAGCUUGAAUACAAUGUCAAGUGGCCAUUACACAUUCUUUUCCAGGAACCUAUAUUGGAUAAGUACAAUGUGAUGUUUCGUCAUCUUUUAAAUGUUAAACGAACCCAACAAGAUUUACAGGGAGCUUGGGCAAAACACAUGGCAUCCAAGAACCAGACCAAUGUUUCAAGUCUAACUAGAGUUUGGCUACUGAGGAUGCAUAUGGCUUUUCUGGUUGACAACUUACAGUACUACUUACAGGUGGAUGUUUUGGAAGCACAGUACACACAACUGAUUGAUAAAAUCAAUAAUACAAGAGAUUUUGAAUCCAUUCGUUUGGCACAUGAUAAUUUCAUUACCACGUUGAUGGCACAAUCUUUCCUACUUAUGAAACCUGUAGCCCACUGCCUUGAGGAAAUACUAUCCUUAUGCCAAGCUUACUGCACUCUGUUGUUACAGAUUACCGAUGUAAUAUCGGAAAGGAUUGAGACACAAUUGUAUGACAUCUCAAAGAACUAUGAACGUCAGUCCAACCUGUUAUUCAAGAUUCUAUCAAGUGUUCGUAGUCAUCAAGCCAGCCCACAUCUUGCACAGCUUCUGCUACGCAUUGACUUCAACAAGCAGUUCUCAUGUGCUUCAUCUCCUUCAAGCUGGAAAGCCGAAGAACCUUCUUCAAGUGAACAAGUCUUCUGACAGAUGGAACAAACAAAGCUGUUUUGAUACAAAUACUGUAUGUAAAUAUGAUAGAGUGAUCACAGUAAAUCCGUGAAACACUAAUUACUAAAUACUACAAAAUAGUGCUAGUUAAACAAUAAAAAACGAUGAAAUUUGCAUGAAAUUGUGCUAUUUAGUAUUAUACUAAAGUUUCAAGGAUUUACUGUGCUCACUCUAAAAAGAGUUAUUAAUAAACAGUAUUAAAAUAACAAGUUAAGGUAGGCACAUACACCUGUACCUUAUUUCUAAACCCAAUUUAAUAAAAACCUGUGAGAAUAAACAGUAAACCCAACAUGUCACAUGUGAAAUCAAAAGACAAAACCUUCAUAAAGCAAAACAUAUCACAACUCUUUUCAUCUUAUCGUUAUUAAUGAUUUGUUUAUUCUUUCAACUGCCCAACCACUGUUUGUUGCUGUCAGAAUGGAAUAAGCAUUGCUCAAUCUGUAAGUUUGCUAAAGCUUAUGAUUUUAUAGCUUCUAACACUAAAGGUUUUUCCCACAUUAUUCUCACACUUGACAAUGUGGAAAGAUAUCAAGGUUAAAACACAGGGGCAAGGGUAGGGUUUGCAUUGAAAUUCAUGACCAUGGGACGCAGGCCUGAGGAGUAAACGCUGAUGCUGAGUAACGGACAAUUUGAAACUGGAGUAUACACAAUCUGUUGAAUAAUAAGGUAUCCAUAAUAAUUUAAUAUUGCUGAACAUAAGCUUUCUUAUCUGUCUUCUGGUUAUUCUCAUAAAUGAUGUAAAUAUUAACUAUUUCUUGUAAUGAUUUACAAUACAAUUUAGGAAAUAAAGCAGUAAAACACUAUUUACAAUAUUUCAACUAGUAUCAAUUAUUCCUAAAAUAGAAUUUCAUAUUAUGUUUUCUAGAUUGACAAAAGCUAAAUAAAGUCGUUUAUUUUCA